AUGAGAGGAUCAAAAUCAAAUCAAAAUGCUGCUGCAUCAUUAAAUAUUCGCCAACCACGACAACGUAUGGCACAAAAUUACCUUCUCCUAUGGGUGGAUGCUAGCAUCGACCAAGCAGACAAGGACUGCCAGGAUACGCUGGCUCAAUUGAAGAAUGUGAUCAAUGAUGUUAACUUAUGCACAGAACCGAAUCAGUGCAUCAAAGCACUCAACACGGUUGACAAGCAACAAGCCUUUGUCAUAACAUCAGGUUCAUUAGGUCAACAUCUGGUUCCUGAAAUUCAUGGCAUGCCACAGCUAGAUGCGAUUUACAUAUUUUGUGCCAACAAAUCCAAACAUGCGGCAUGGACUCAAAACUGGAAAAAAAUUAAAGGUGUCCAUACAAAUAUUAAAGACAUUUGUCAAGUAUUACAAAUGGCGGUUAAACAAUGUGGCCAAGAUUCAAUUGCCGUAAGUUUUCUUACGGUAAAUGAAAUGGCUUCAACUAAUAAUUUAAAUCAGUUGGAGCCAACUUUCAUGUAUACACAACUAUUCAAGGAGAUUCUCCUUGAUAUUAAAUAUGAUGGCAAGGCAAUCGAGGACUUAACAGAAUGUUGCCGCGAAGUUUUUACUGACAAUUCAAGUGAAUUACAAGUGAUCGAUGAAUUCGAACGUGACUAUGAUCCACAAAAAGCAAUAUGGUGGUAUACACGUGAGUGUUUUACCUACAAAAUGCUCAAUCAAGCACUUCGAACUAUGGAUGCUGAUAUAAUCAUCAAUAUGGGCUUCUUUUUACGUGAUGUACAUACACAUAUUCAACAACUGUACGAACAACAAGUCAGUAGUUAUCGAAGAAAAACUUUUGAAGUUUAUCGAGGACAAGGUCUUCUGAAAUCCGACUUUGAGAAACUUCAGAAAGCAACAGGUGGACUUAUGUCAUUUAACAGUUUCUUAUCCACCAGUUCAGAUAAAGAAGUGUCCCUCAGUUUUGCUCAACGUGCUUCAACAGAAUCAAAUAAGGUGGGCAUUCUUUUUAUAAUGUCCAUUGAUCCUUGUUUGAAAUCAACACCAUUUGCCUCCAUCAAAGAGAAGAGUUAUUUUAAGGGAGAAGAAGAAAUUCUCUUUUCAAUGCACACCGUGUUUCGAGUGAAUACAAUUAAACAAAUGGACAAUAAGAAUCAACUUUAUCAAGUUGAAUUACAAUUAACGUCGGAUGAUGAUCAACAACUACGAUUACUUACUGAUCGGAUGCGAGAAGAAGCUGGUGGUGGUAGUGGAUGGAAGAGAUUGGGUAACUUAUUGCUUAGAAUUGGUCAAUUUAAUAAAGCUGAAGAACUUUAUAGCGUAUUACUCAAACAGACAUCUGAUGAUGGGGAAAAAGCGCAUCAUUAUAAUCAGCUGGGAUUAGUGCAUUCGAAUCAAGGUGAUUAUGAAAAGGCUCUUUUGUAUUACGAACAAGGACUUGAAAUUAAACAAAAAACUCUUUCUUCAAAUCAUCCUAAUAUGGCUACUUCAUACAACAAUAUAGGUACUGUGUAUUAUAAGAUGGGAAAGUACUCGAAAACACUUUCAUUUUACGAAAAAGCACUUGAAAUUCAACAAAAAACUCUUUCUUCAAAUCAUCCUGACCUGGCUGCUUCAUACAACAACAUCGGUUUGGUGUAUCACGACAUGGGAGAGUACUCAAAAGCACUUUCAUUUUACGAAAAAGCACUUGAAAUUCAACAGAAAUCUCUUCCUGCAAAUCACCCUGAUUUGGCUACUUCAUACAACAACAUCGGUGAUGUGUAUGAUAGCAUGGGAAAAUACUUGAAAGCACUUUUAUUUUACGAAAAAGCACUUGAAAUUCGAGAAAAAACUCUUCCUUCAAAUCAUCAUGGUUUCGCGCAAUCAUACAACAGCAUCGCUGGUGUAUAUCGCAGUAUGACAGACUAUUCGAAAGCACUUUCAUAUUACGAAAAGGCACUAAAAAUCUUUCAAAAAACUCUUCCUUCAAAUCAUCCUGAUUUGGCUACCUCAUACAACAACAUCGGAAAUGUGUAUAACAAGAUGGAAGAGUACUCGAAAGCACUCUCAUCUCACGAAAAAGCACUUGAAAUUAGACAAAAAACACUUCCUUCAAAUCAUCCUGAUUUGGCUACAUCAUACAACAAUAUCGCUGGUGUAUAUCACAGUAUGACAGACUAUUCAAAAGCACUUUCAUUUUAUGAAAAAGCACUUGAAAUUCGGGGAAAAACUCUUCCUUCAAAUCAUCCUGAUUUGGCUACUUCAUACAACAACAUCGGUUUCGUGUAUGACAACAUGGGAGGGUACUCACAGGCACUUUCAUCUCACGAAAAAGCACUUGAAAUUCGGGAAAAAACUCUUCCUUCAAAUCAUCCUUCAUUGGCUACUUCAUACAAGAACAUUGGUGUUGUAUAUCUCAAUAUGAAAGACUAUUCGAAAGCACUGUCAUAUUAUGAACGUGCUCAGGACAUAAACCAGCGUGCAUUACCUCCAACUCAUCCUCAUAUAAAAAUUAUGAAUGACAGUAUUGCAUUUGUAAAAAUAUGUAUAACAUUAGAGGAAAUAUCAACUCGUAACCCGAAAACCCAGUAA